AUGAAACCCCUCACCCUGCUACCUCUCCUAACAACACUCCUCACGCACCUCCCGACAACGACCUCCCAAACCCUUAACAUAGUCGCCCACCAAGACGACGACCUUCUCUUCCUGAGCCCAGACAUCCCCCAUGACAUCCAAUCCGGGCGACGCGUACGCACGCUCUACCUCACAGCCGGCGAUGCAGGCGACACAUCCAGCUACUACACGCAACGCCAAUCAGGCUCCCAAGCCGCGUACGCCCGAAUGGCCGAUACCGCCAACGCCUGGACCCAAUCCUCCCUCACCAUCUCCUCCAAGAGCAUCACCCUCUACACACUCACCGGAAACCCCGACAUAUCGUUACUAUUCAUGCAACUCCCCGACGGAAACCUCGCGGGGACGGAUUCUCCACGACAGGGAGCCACGCUCACGGGCGUGAUGGAGGAUUUCCAGCCGGAUCGGAUAAACACGGGUGAUUAUGAGAGGGAGUUUGGAGAUGGGCAGGAUCAUAGUGACCAUGUCACGACGGGGCAUUAUGUCCAGUUGGCGGCGAAGGGGUAUACCGGUGGACAUACGUUGACCGGGUAUACCGGGUAUCCGGUUGCGCAGGAGCCGGAGGAUUUAAGUGGGGAUGAACUGGCGGAGAAGCAGAUGGUGUUCUAUACGUAUGCGGAACAUGAUAGUAAGGUUUGUCGGGAUCAGGCGGGGUGUGCGGGGGGAAAUGAGGCGGGGUGGAUGAAGAGGCAGUAUGCUUUGAGUGGCGAGCCGGUUGCGAGUGCCAUGGUGAUGGGGGCAGAGGGGAGGGUUGUGGGGACUGGUGGGAGGGUGCAGUUGGAUGGAUCGGGGAGUCAUGAUCCGAAUGGGGGGGAGUUGUCGUAUGAGUGGACGCAGGUGGGAGGGGAGGUGGUUGCGUUGGCAGAUGAAAGUGCAGAGCAGGUGUCGUUCACGGCGCCGGAGGAGCCGCAGACGUUGGAGUUUGAGCUGGUGGUUAGCAAUGGGAAGUUGAGCAGCUCGCCGUCCAGAGUGUCGGUUAUUACAGCCCCGGGGAGCAAUGUGGCCGGGAGUGCGACGGUGACGGCGUCGUCUGAGGGCACGGCGAAUGGCCAGACGGCGGACAAGGCUGUCGAUGGGGUGCUGACGGGCUAUCCGGGGGAUUCGACAGCAGAGUGGGCGACCGUGAGUGGGAAGGAGGGGAGUUGGUUGACGUUGACUUGGGCGAGUCCGCAGACCGUGUCGCAGGUGUUCCUGUAUGACCGGUUCAAUGUCGAUGAUCAGGUCACUGGGGGAAGGAUUGAUUUCGAUGAUGGUUCGAGUGUGGACUUUGGGGCACUGGAUACCUAUGGGAAGCCCACCAAGGUAGAUGUUGAGAAGACGAUCAAAGGUCUGACCGUUACGAUCACUUCGGUCAGUCCGUCGACAGGCAAUGUAGGGCUGGCGGAGAUCCAGGUAUUCGGCACGGCGGCCUGA